CGGCGCCGGAAGCGGCCUAGCGGCCAUGGAGGAGCGGCCGGGAGUCGGAGGCCCGCCGCGAGAGGCACCGGUAGAGGAAGCCGAGCCUCUGAGCGCUUGGGGUGGGGACAGCGGCCACGUGUCGCAGAGCCAGAGCCGCGCUUCGGGGCGGUGGGAGGACGACGGCUCGGAGGACGCCCCGGGCCGGGACCUACCGCUGCUGCGCCGCGCCGCCUCGGGCUAUGCCGCCGGCCUGCUUCCCGCCGCGGGGCCGCGGCCCGAGGUGCAGGCCCUAGACGCCAGCCUGGAGGAGCUGCUCGCCAGGGUGGACGAGUUCGUGGGCAUGCUGGACAUGAUCCGCGGGGACUCGUCGCACGUGGUCAGCGAGGGCGUGCCGCGCAUCCACGCCAAGGCCGCCGAGAUGCGGCGCCUGUACGGCCGCAUCGACCAGCUCGAGGCCUUCGUGCGCAUGGUGGGCGGCAGCGUGGCCCGCAUGGAGGAGCAGGUGACCCGGGCCGAGGCAGAGCUGGGCUCCCUGCCCCGGGCCUUCCGGAAGCUGCUGCACACCAUCAGCAUGCCCGCGCUCUUCAGGUCCGGCCCCACGGGGCCCCAGCGCGCUGCCUACGAGCCGCCCGCCCUGUUCCGGACGGAAGACUACUUCCCCGGCUGCAGCGACCGGCCCCAGCUCUGAGCCCGCACCCCGCCGGAGGAGGCCCCGAGCCCGCACCCCGCUACGGGAGGCUCAGAGCGAGCGCUUGUUAAAGAGCCUGCGAACAGGCGUGCGUGGUGUCGGAGUGCGACUUGUGCAAGUUUACUUUCUACAAAAACUGUUGUCUUCGGUUCUGUCUGAAAGCUUUUUGGUGGGGGGAUGCUGGGGAAGCCAAAUGAAUUAAUUUUAUCUGUGCAAUAGGGCAGAGCUGUUAUUUUUUAUGGAUUUUACUACAACUAACAGUGUUAGUGUGUCCAGAUUUAUAUAUUUAUAUGAUCGAUCACAAAAGUGACCCAGCAGUUAAAGCCUUGUUAUUAAAUCCUAACAGUGAUUCCGUUUCCUGUGGCCUACUUUUAGGCUAGAUGGUACGUUGUUAAGCAUUAUGUUCAACUUUCCCUAGUGUGGAUUGUAAGCCAAAGGAAAACAGUACUGAGUGUUCUGCUGCAGCAGGUUCUGAAGUUGUAUCUGACAGUGAUUCGCAUCUGUAUUUAUGAUUGUCAAUGUUUGGUUUAUGACAAGCACUAAUUAAAAUUAUAAAUUUUAUUGGAA